AUGAAGGGUUAUGACUUGUGUGACAUACAUAAAAAGAGCCUCUCAUAUAUCUGCAAAUCUGACAGUAAACUUUGUUGUGAGGUGUGUUUAAAGGAAAAACAUGAACACUGUGGUAUAAUUGUUCUACUUGCUUCCAUUUCUGAAGAAACAUGCAAGACUAAACACAAUCCAACAAUGGAAAUACCUCGACUACAAAACGAAGCACGCCUGCUUAUUGCAUGGUUGUCUUCCGUUGAAGCAGGUGUAAAAAAGAAUGUAGAAAGUAUUCCUGCAAGGUUAAACGAAUAUAGAUUUGCGUUAUUGAAGGUGUUUGAUUCUGAAGCACAGAAGAUAAAUGAGAAAGCUAAUGAAAUGCAAAAUAGUACAUUGAAAGAAAUAAAGAAAAAUCGCAAAUACUGCGAGCAUGUCAUUGAGAAAUCUGAACAAGCCAAACUUUCACUGAUUAAUAUGACAAAAUGUGGUACAACCCCACAAAAAGUUAUUUCUCAAUAUCGGAUAGAGGCAUUUAGAAACAAACUGCAGUCUCUUACAGAUAUCAAUAUUGUGUCUCUUCAUCUUGAACAUUUGAACUUACUGGAACAAAUUGCACUAUCUUCUACACUACUAUCAGUACAUGCGGAGACACCAGACACAAGGCCAGUACAAUUGUUCUUGAAUAAUGUACUGGAACUGAAGCAGAAUAAACACGAGACGGAACCGUUUCUUUCAGGACUUGAUUUCUUGCCUGAUGGCAGACUUUUUACCGUAGAUAAUUACAACAAGAAAUGCUUGAUUUACAAUGGGAAGCUUGAGGAAGUAGGAUCAUUUCAGUUGUCGUAUAGACCACAGAGUGUAGUUGCUGUAUCUGAGGAGGAAGUGGCGGUAACAAGUGGUGCUGGAUACAAGAUAGACUUUCUACAUGUCAGUAAAUCUAAUGAAAUAACUUUGAUCAGGACAUGUAAAGUAACAACUAGAUAUGGGUCAAUAUGUCAGAAGGAUGGUAAGAAUUUUGUUGUUGGAACUAUCGAUGAUACAAGGCAUUUCCGUAUUGUAUCUCAGUCAGGGGAAGAGAAAGAUUUCAGUAUCGACUUUCAGAAUAAAAAAUAUGCACUUGACACCAGUGCCUGUACAUAUAUAAGAGAUAGAGACAAAGUUGCUCUCACCGAUAGAUAUAAUCACACUGUCUUUAUUUACGACACCAAGACCAAUACCAAAGUUGAUGUGAAGGAUGACCAAAUCAGACAACCAAUAUGUGUCGCAGUAGGACCGUUUAAUUGUAUCUUUGUUUGUAGUAAUGGAACAGACAGCAUUGUACAGAUUUCCCCGUUAGGAAAAAUUGUAGCAUCUCAUAAGAUAGAUAUGAGGUAUCCUUACAGUAUUUGUUUCUCAAAGGACAAAACAAGACUUGCUAUUUCUAACAGUACUAAGGAAGAGAUAAAAUUACAACUAUUCAAAGUAGUGGUAUAA